UUUUUUAUUUCCUCAUCUUUCUUCUUCUUCCCCAAAAGAAUGUCCCUAGCUGCUAUGACAUCGCCGCUCUGUAUCGCCGGCGUAUACUCUCAGGCUAACCGGAAGCAGAAUCAAAGUCACAACAUAAACGCAAAGAAGAAGAAGAUAAGCGAAAAAAUCCAGAUCGUCAACGGCAGCAGUUCAAUCGGAUUCAAAGGCAAAAAGGAAGAUCCUAUAUGGAAAUGCGUCGCCGGUUGCGGUUCGUGCUGUAAACUCGACAAAGGUCCUUCAUUCGCCACUCCCGAAGAAAUCUUCCAAGAUCAAUCUGAUAUUGAGUUGUAUAAAACCCUAAUUGGUCCGGAUGGAUGGUGUAAACACUACGAAAAAACCACAAGAACUUGCACGAUUUAUGAGGAGCGACCGUAUUUCUGUCGAGUGGAACCUGAAGUAUUUGAAGAUUUAUAUGGGAUUAGCGAGAAGAGAUUCAACAGAGAUGCCUGCAGUAGUUGUAGAGACACGAUUAAAUCAGUUUAUGGUGCCCAAUCGGAGGAGUUGCAGAGGUUUAAUGAUGCUAUAAGAAAUUCAUCCAUAUCCAAAUAAGAAUGGACAAAGAUAUUUGAAUAAAGAAAGAAUGAACCCUUUUCUUUAUUUGUUUCAGUUUUUUUUGGCAAAUGCUAAUCUUAUUUGCAGUUGUUUAAGCUUUCCUGAUGCAGAAUGGGUUUUAUUUUUUACAAUUUAGAGAAAUUUUAUUAUUUA